AUGGCUAACAAUAACAGUACUCAAGUUAUUGAAUUCAUUCUCCUUGGACUUUGUACGGAUGCAAAUCUUAAAACAUAUAUUUUUGGAAUCUUUCUAUUUAUAUAUGUUAUCACAUUUUUGGGAAACAUGAUGAUAAUUGUCACAGUCACCUUACAACUUCAACUCCACAAGCCAAUGUACCUGUUUCUCAGAAGCUUGUCUCUUACCGAGAUCUUUUAUAUAUCAGUUACUGUCCCUCGGAUGCUUAGAGACUUUCUCCAUCAAGUAAGAGUUAUCUCAUUCAUAAUGUGUGCUGCUCAGCUCUACUUUUUCUGUUUUCUUGGUACAACAGAAUGUUUUACUCUUGCAUUCAUGGCAUACGAUCGAUAUGUAGCCAUAUGUCACCCUCUUCAUUACACAGUUAUAAUGACAAACACAAAAUGUUAUAAUCUUUUAGUGGGGUCAUGGAUAUCUGGGGUACUACUAUCCCUGUGUCAAAUUUCUUAUGUGUUCAGCCUCCCUUUCUGUAACUCAAGCAUAAUUGACCAUUUCUUCUGUGACAUCCUUCCAGUUGUAAGGCUAGCAUGUAGUGACACUUUUGCUAAUGAAAUUGCUAUUUUCAUGUAUAGUUCUUUGGUCAUACAAUUACCUUUCUUGCUUAUUGUUGUGUCCUAUGUUCGUAUUAUUGUUUCUUUGCUUAAAAUGUCUUCUGCAGUUGGGAGGAAAAAAUCAUUCUCUACAUGUGGUUCUCACCUUACAUCGGUCAUUUUGUUUUAUGGGUCAGCCACCAUAACUUACUUAAGAGCGAAAUCUGUUGACACACAUGGUGAAGACAAAUUUUGGUCGCUUCUUUAUGUUGUAUUUAUCCCCUUGCUUAACCCUAUAAUAUAUAGUUUGAGAAAUAAAGAGAUUAAAAAUGCCAUGGAGAGACUCCUAAACAUGUAUAUCAAAUAA